AUGUCCUACAACAAACCCACAAGUCCCCCGCCUUCCUACGCAGGACCCUACAACCACGCCUCUCCCCCACCGCAAGGUCCCAGCCCCGGCGCCGCGCAGGAUUACUACGGCGGCGCCCAGACCCAGCCUCAGGCCUAUUACCCGCAACAGCAGCAGGGCUACGGAUACCCGCAGCAGCAACAGCAGGGGUAUUAUAAUCAGGCGCAGCAGCCUAUGUAUUACCCGCCACAGCAGCAGGGGUACUAUGCUAAUGAUCGGGGGAGCAGGUCUGGUGGUGGGGCUGGUGGGAUUUGUGCGGGUAUUAUGGCUGCUUUGGCUUGUUGUUGCUGUUUGGAUAUUUUGUUCUAG